CGGGGAGCGGGGCGGGACAGAACGGCGGUGGCCGCCGCGCGCCGUGUUCCUGUUUUGAUGACGCAGAAUUCCGUGCGCGCCGCCCGAACCCCACUCCGUCAUCAGACGUCAUUUGACGUGGCUUCUACGUAGCACUCGCUCGGGCCAGUCGGAUCGCAGGACCAAGCUCUCGUACGACGUAACAUUGUGACUGCUGGUAAGUAACGGCGGCGGCGGGCUUACGGGGCCGCACGCUCGCUAUACCUUGUUGUUGUCAUCACUCCCGUGUGUCUCCGUCGUCUCUCUCUGUUCUCUCUCUCUGUCCGUCCGUGUCGUCUCCACCGCCGUGUCAGUCCCGUUUAUAUUAUUUAUUUAUUUAUUACCUAUUUAGUUAUUUUAUUGUUGUUGUUGUUAUUGAUAUUUUUAUCACAAACGUUGUUGUUAUUGUCGUUUGGCAAAAAACUGACGCCGCACCCGAUUUUUUUUUCAUUGUCUUCUGUGUUUCUCGCAUUGCUAUCUUGAUCGCUACGUACUAACAACGGGUUCUGCCGUCGUCAAAAUAGCGAUGUACGUACAAUUACUACGGCACGCACGUUUCCAUUACAUUUCGGGACAACGGGAAAUGUCUUAUCGUCGGGCAAACGAAUGUACUCGUUUUGCCGCCGCGUUAUCGCCGUCCCAGUUUUGUAUCGUCAAAACGUCCGCGGCGCAGGAAAAUAAACCAAAAGAAAGAGCAGCAAAAAAAAAUAAUAAAAAAUACCAAGUGCGUCCAUACUUACUCGGGGAAUAUCGCAUCAGCAGUUAACGGCGACCGUGUUGUAAAUACUAUUCACCGGAGCGGACGAUUGUCGUAUUUGCUGUAGCGUAUACCUAAUCAUUGUACGACAAUAAUUGUCACUUUGGCUCAUACAAUGAAGUCUUGGUUUAUUAUGUUCCCCGGUCGCUUCUUAGGGGCAAUCCCCCCAUCCACCCCUGGUUAGGGGCACUACCCCGGAGUUUGAUAUUCCUCGAGAAUCGUCAUAUGGUUAUUUUCGAUUUGUUGCGUAGGAGGACAUAACGACGACUACGGUUCCAUCGCGUUAUGGACGGUAUGGUUGAAGAAAAUGGAACCAGCGGUUCAGUCGACGCACUUGUCUCGCAGGGUUCCGGCAGUCCUAUUGUCGUCACGUCGGUAUGUUGUUGGUAGCGGUGUGUCGAUAGGUGGUUACCUAUCGGCAACCCUAACUGGCCAUUGUAUUUCAUUGAUUAAAAAUUCUUUGAUGAUAUUGUCUUCAGGUGCAUUCGGUAAUCCAAGCGAAUCAACAGUCAGUCAUACAAACUGCAACACCGGGUGCCAUGCUCACCAAAGGCAAUGUCAUACUAUUGAGCAAACCUAAUUCUGUUAUACAAACUACUCAAGGGAACCUUCAAACCCUUCAGGUAGUAGUAUAUUUUUAAAAUAUUCCUUUACCUACCAUUGUAAACUGUUGUAUAUAUACCUAAAAAUUUAACUUAAACACAAUAGAAACCUGUGUAAUUACUAUUUAUGUUGGCCAUUAUCUGACAAUUUUAAAUUGUUAGUAGUACUGUACAAUAUAAUUGUGAUUUAAUUUUCAAGGUUGUUGAAGCUGGCAGUGAUGAAAGUUUAUCAGCCAAUGAAGAUAGCCCUAAAAGAGGACGCCAUGACGCUCUAACCAGAAGGCCGUCUUAUAGGAAGAUCUUAAAUGACAUCGCAGGUUGUGUUCAGUUAAAACAUUAUUAUGUUAUCGAAACACAUUUUUAUAGUAAUAAUUAUUAUUAAAUUAAAUGUUUUUAGGUGGAAAAGUUGAAUCGUCUGGUUCAGAUUGUGAUUCAAAUCUUGACAGUGAAUUAUCAUCAAACUCACUUUCUGCUCAUUAUCAAGCUGGUAAGUUAUACAUUUAUAUAUAGCUAUUAGUCUGAAAAAGUAGGCUUUUUUUUAUAAUCUUAAACCACGAUAAUAAAAUAGAUUUUAGUGCUUAUUACAAAUAAACAGUAUAAUCAGUAAUCACUGAUCAAUAUUAUUUUAGGUAGUUCUAGUAGGUAACUAUUAAAUUAUUUUUGUUGUCUGCAAUGAUCAUAGUCCAUAACCGAUAAAUGCAUUUACAUUAACGAGUAAUUGAAUAUUUAAACUCAAUUUUUAUUUCAUGAGUUUUUAAAAUAUUUUACAUCUUGUUGAAUUUAAACAUGUUAUGUAUUUUGUAAUUUAUUUUUCAUUAAUACAUAUUUUAAUAUUUUCGGUAGGUCACAGAGGUGGUUUGGUAGGUAUUAAUUUCUGUAAUUUUGUUUAUUUAAUUUUUAUUCUCGCUUUUGUUACUUUUGAACAUAUACUUUUGUACUUAUAUAUAUAUUGAUUGCUAAAAGAUGAUUGUACAACACAAUUGAAUCAUAUGUGUAUUAACCUUCUGAGAUACUGAAAAUAUUAGGUCUAUUCUCUUUUAAGACCCUUCAUUUAUACACCAAAAUAACAUUUGAAAAAAUGUCCAAAUUUUCAACAGUUUUUCUAUAAAACUUACAAAACCUGAUAAAUAAAUUGGUUUUUUUUUUGUUGAUUUCUAUAUCAAUACAAUGGCUACAGGACAAAAAUAUAAUUUUUUUUAUUGAAAUGAUUUAUUGUUGCAUGCAUAAAGUAUAAAUACCAAAUUACCCUUUAUAUCCUACAACACUACAACAAUGGCUUAACUGUGAGCAGUACCAAUUUUUUUUUUUUAAAUUCUUACAGUCUUAUAAUAUAAAAAUAUAACUUAUCUAAAUUGACCUGUGAUCCCAUGUUAAUAAAAGACAUUGUGUAUUCACCAGACUAUAGAAUCUGAAUAAUGAAAGGAGGCCUUAAGCUAUGGUUUCCUAUAAAGGCGGUGGAAAAUGCAAACCUCUACAAACCAAUUGGUUUUCUAGAAAAUAUUGAGUGUAACCAGAGUGUCAAAAAGCUGUGUACUUUGUUUUAUAACAGCAGUCAUUAUAGUGGCAAAUGUUUUUUGGCGUGUAGCAGUCACUGCUUUAUGACAUACCACUUAAUAAAAACACGUAAUCAACUGGGUACACUAUUGGAUAAUAGGAAACCACCGCAUGACACUACAGUCGCUAGAUACUUAUCCACCCCAUAAUAGCAUAUGAUGUCAGUUAGAUAUAGCACCAUUUUUCUAAGAAACCAAAUAUUUAGCUAUUUAACUUAAAAUAAAAACAUAAAUUAAUGUUUAUAAUUUCUCUUUUUUUAUAUUUCAGUUUUACCUUCGACCGCAAUUCAAUUAAAUAGCCAAGGGGAAAUGCAUAAUAUGCCAACCUUAACAAUGUCAAAUGCAACAACUGCCAGUGGUACUAUACUGCAAUAUGCCAGUCAGGACGGACAAUUUUUUGUACCUGGUAAUUUUUUUUUUUAACAAUUUUUUGUCUAAAGUAGGGUUGGAGGUAUUCAAAUUUUUGAUUUUGGUAAUUGGUUGCUACUUAUUUUUUUUAAAUACAUGGUAAUAAUGGUAUUUUUGAUAAUUAUUAGUAUUUAAAAUUAUUUAUUACCCUAUUUUGUUAGUUAUGGUAUUAAAAGAGUUGAAUAUAUAAUAUACAUUAUAUUCAUCUUUGUCGAAAAUUUGCCAGUGUUGUUAUAAGUUUAUUAUAAGGUGUUUUUAAAAGUGUACUUCAAUGUUACUGUGGAUAAAUAACUCAUUUUGCUGUGAGUGUUUUCAGAUUUUUAAAAAAAAAACCAUUUUUUUUUUUUUAUAUCAUAGAUAACAUUAUAUAUUGUGAUUAUUUUUAAACAGGUAGUGAAUUUGAUGUAUUUAAAUUUUAUAAUUAUAUGCUUACAUAUAAUUUUGUAACAAUUUUAUAUUUUAACAGGCAACCAAUACCAAAAAUAUCACCUACCCUAGUCUAAAGUAUACUAUUAAAAAUGUGUUGUUUUAACUUCAAAUUUUUUUUAGUUGUAACCCAAGGAGGGAGUUCAACUUUAAAUACAAGUCCAUUAGUACCCGAAGACCAAAUGAAAAAACGUGAAAUGAGGCUAUUAAAAAAUAGGUAAAAAAUAAAAAUAUUACUACAAGUCAUUAAGAUUUUAUUGUACAUUAUUUAAUUUUUUUUUCUUUUUCUAUUAUCCCAUAUUAGUGGUUAAGUAAACACGUGUUAAUGUGGUUAGUGGAUCUACAUGGAUCUAUUCUCAAAUGACAUUAAGCUAUUAAUUAAUUUCUUUUCUUUUUCACCUUCAUCCCAACUAUUUGAGAUCGGCCUCCCUCGCUCUAAACUUCUCCAUGAUCAGAUUUCUCACCUCACAUAUACUGGCUAUCCUUGUAUCAUUCUCAAUUACAUCUAACCAUUCCUUUUUCAGUCUUUCUCUUCCCAUCUUUCCACCUACAUUUAUUUUCAUUACAAUUAUUACUGCUUUAGAUUCCUCUCUUCUCAUUAUAUAUCAAAACCAUCUCUGUCUAUUUUCUUUCAUUUUGUCUAAUAUUAAAGGCACAAUAAGUUACCUCAUAUGUGUACUCAUUCCUUAUCUUAUCUUCUUUAGUCAUUCAACUCAUCCACCUAAGAAUUCUCAUCUCUGUUAUCCUUAUUCUCUAUUCUAUUGUCCAUUAUCUCAAAACUCUGAAUCAUACAAUAUAGUUGGUCUCAUAACACUCUUAUAGAACUUACUUUUAAGUUUCAUUAAAAUUCUCUUAUUGCCUAAAACGCCUGACACUUCUCUCCACUUUAUUCAACCACAUUUAAACCUAUGUUUCAAAAUCCUUAUGAAACACUUUUCUUUUCUAUAAAAGGUCCUAGGGACUUAAAACUCUCAAACUCAUACUCUGUUCUACUUCUACUGAUUGUUAAUCCCUUUCCUCCAAGUACUACUCUCCAUUCUUCAAGUUUAUUGAUUACUUAUUCCAAAUUUUCUCCUAUCAAAACUAUGAUCUUCAAACAUAUAUGCACCAUAGUACCUUUUCACCUGUUGAACACAUCCUAGAUAGAACAAUCAACUAAAGCUUCACUUUGAAUGGCUCAUACUACUUGACAGAAUUUUACACCAGCUGACUUGACAAAAACCCAUUUUUUGCCUCUUACGACAGGUACAGAUACUGUGAAAGUAUACUGAUCUCCUUUCUAUAAAAUAAUGUAUUUUUCAAUUAUAAAGUGAAUUCCUUCACCUUACAGAAAUACUGACAAUGGCUACUCAAAUCAACUACCUGGGCUUUCGACCAGUAGGAGCUUGGACUCACUAAACCCAUAAUUUCAUAUACCCCCCGAGGCGUACUGCUCUUUCGAUCACUGUUUUUGCCAAUUUAAUUUAACUAGUCUUUUUAUUUGAAUAUAUUAUGUUUGAUGAAAUAUAGGUAAACCUUUUUUUUUUUUGCUUCAGUAAAAUUAAUAAACAAAUUCAAUUUUUAAUUAGCUAUUCUAAAUAUUGUUCCUAUAAUAUGUUGAAAUGUACAUCAUGCACGUGUUAAUUUCUUAAAUUGAAAACUUAAGUUCAGCUAAUUUUGCCUGAAUGUGAAUAUAUUAAAAUAUAUAUAUAUUUGUGUGUACAUUAUGGUGGAUAGUUUUUUUUUUUAACUUAAUCUUGUAAUAUGUUUGGUCGGAUGAACAAAAUUUCCUUCAAGUUGUGUUGAGAUCUUGAAAAUAAUUUCUUGAAGUCUCAACCAUCAAAUUUUACAAAAAUAGCUUUUUUAUUAGUAUCUAUGUUGUUAAUCUAAAUACUGAUUUAUUAAUAAAAAUAAUUAACAUAGAAAAAGAAAUUCAAUGACAUUUUUUUUCAAAAACAAGAAAAUGUAGUAUUAUUUAGUUUGAAUGAAAUUAAAUUUUUAAACAUGUUUAUGAAUUAUCCUUCUAAACUACCUGAUAAUUUCAAAAAUUCAAUUUUCUUGGUACAAAGCUUAAUUUUUUUUUUUGUGUGAAAUAAGUACUUGAGUGCCUCACCUAAAUUUUGUAUUUAGAUUUAAAAACAAAAUUAAAACUAAUAAAACAGCUAUUUUUAAUUGAUCAUUGAGAGUAUUCAUCUUAACUUAUAAUAUGUUGUAGGUAUUACAUACUAAUGUAAAUUUGCUUUAGUUAAAUCAACUUUAAUAUUACAUCUAUUAUAUAAUCAAAUUAUUCACUUUUCUGGUAAAUUAUUUUUAUAUUUUAGACAUAGUUAUAAUAUAAUAUUUUAUUUACUUAAUUAUAGGGAAGCAGCAAGAGAAUGUAGGCGGAAAAAGAAAGAAUACAUUAAGUGCUUGGAAAACCGAGUAUCUGUAUUAGAAAACCAAAAUAAAGCAUUAAUUGAAGAGUUAAAAACACUAAAAGAACUUUAUUGCCAAACAAAGACUGAAUAGAAAUAGUUGUUAAACUUUCAAAUUAUGAAAGAAAACAUUGUACCAGUCAUGACCAAAAUUGUAUGCUUAACGUGAUAUUUUCAAAAUCUUGUAAGCUCAUUUUAUUUUAACUUGUAUUUGAUUAUUUUUGGAAUUAAUUUAAUUUUUAAAAAUGGUUUAUUUUUGUUAAAAUUCCAAGAAAUUAGUAAAAGAGUCAAUUGUGCAGUGAAAUGGGACUAUAUUGGGAGGCAAAUUCCUUGUGAACAAUUAUUUUAUCUUUUAUUUUAAUCCAUUGUGUUUUUAACAUUUAAUUUUUAGUUAAAUAUCAUUUUCAGUAAUUUUUUAUAUUACUGAUAAAUCCUGAACAUUUUUAUUUCAUCUUUAUAUUAUUUAUGUAGUGACAUAUAUUAUGUUGUUGAAAUCAACAAUUGUGUCUAGAUAAUCUAUAUAUUCUGUUAUACAUAAAUGAUUGUUUGUAUUGCAUAUUGAUUAAGUCGGAUAAGGGAAAUUUGAAACCGAAAUUAUAAUAUUUCAUUUAUUUAUAUAUUUUUUUUAUGUUUACAACAAGUAAACAAGUUAAAUUUUUUAAAACAAAAAUGUACAGGUUUGUUCAAAUUAAAUUUAUUUUUUUUAUUAAUGAUCAAUGCAUUGUAUUGGCUAUAAUAUAAUAGUUUAAUGGAUUAUUUUUUUAAACUGACAAUACUCAAAAUAUUUAGUUACCUAUACUUAUAUAUUAUAUAGUGUAUUAAAUGUGUGUUCUUAAAAUAUAUAUAUAUAUAUAUAUAUAUAUAGGUUGAUUUUAUUUUCAACCAAAGUAUAUUUUAUGUAUUCAAAAAUGUAUCGCUUUUCUUCAAACAUUGAUAUUUGUCAUUGUUUUAUUUUUGAACUUCUAUAAUUAUUUUGUUGAAAAAAUCUGAGGGUGUUGGCAACAUUAUUUUAUAGAAGAAUUAAUUUAAUUUAAUAUUUCUUUGACCAGAGGUCAAUUUAAAUAAUAAGACUCAUAGUUUCUUUGUAUUUUUCUUUUAUUUUAGUUUGAAAAUAAUCUGGCAUUCAUUUUAGGGUUUUAAUUAUAUGACUAUAUACAUGGGAAAUUUGAAUACAAUAAAAAUUAAUUGUGGUGUUUUUUUUUUCUUUUAAUGUUAAAACUUAUUAAUUCUUUUGUUGUCAAAACUUAAUUAUGACAUUUUAUUUUACUUUUGUUACAAUUUACUUCUGUUCAAUGUUAAUAUUGGAAUUGACUUCCAUUUACCAUAUUUUAAUAAAACCAUUUGAUUAUAAUUAAUGACCUUGGUCAUAUAUGCUUUAAAUAUAUUGUGUACCAUUUAUGUGUGGUAUGAUUGUUAAAACAGAACAAUAAAAUAUUAUUUUCUUAGGAAUUAGAUAUCUUUAUUAUUAUUUAUAUCUUUAAUUUUGUAGUGUAUAUAAUUAAUUACAUUUAGCUUUGUUUAAUAUUUUUAUUUUUAAAAACAUGUAAAUUGAGCAAAAGUGUUGUAAUUUUUUUUUUUAAAUGUAAAUUUGUUGUCUAUUAUAGAGGAGAGAUUAUUUAUAAAUAUAUUACGAAUUUGUUAAAUGUGUAUGGUGUAUAAUCUUAUAAUAUUACCUAUAUGUAGAGUAUUCCAUGUUUUUUUUUCUUUUUUUUGAUAAGUGGUAAUACAUAAGUACUGUUUAAUAACAGUCCAUCUGAAACUAAAAAAAAAAAUUAGUGAAUGCUUUUGGGGCAUUUGUCAUUAUGCAUGUGUAAAUGUGGGUACCUAAACUUAUGAUGAUGGUUGAUAUUUCUAUUCUAUUUUGACAAAAAUAAUAUUUUAAUCUUAAAAUGAACAUAUUAUACAUGCAUAUAUUAUAUAUAUAUAUAAUGUAAACCAAAUAGCUGAACUUCAAUCUAAACUUUGGGUUCUGGAACAAAUAUAACUCAAUUUUUAUCAAAAAAAGUUGUAAAUGUAUUUGUUAAUUAAUUUCUAAUACUAUUGAUAUUAAAAUGUAUUCUCUUUAUUUUGUUAUUCGUAAUAUACAUAUAUUAUGAUAAAUAAUAUUUUGUACAAUUAUGUUAGCUUAAUGCUACUCGGUUUAUCAUUGUUGAUGUUUUUUUUUUUUUUUUUUUACAUAAUUUCUUGUUUCUUUCAUGUGUUAUGAAUAAUUAUUAAAUUAUUACGUAAUAUUGUAAGUUUGUGAGUAAGUUCAUUGGUUUUUAUUGGUAAUGAUUAUAAAAUUUUAUAUAAAACCAAAGAAUAAAUUUAAUGUUUGUGUAUACAUUUCAGAUAGAGUUACUGCAUUAGACAUAUCAGCCAUGUGAAUUUUACGUGAUAUAUAUUUAAAAAUUAUAAACAUAUA